CCCGGGGCGGAGCGGGGCGGAGCGGAGCCCGGUGCGGGGGUAGCCCCGGUACGGAGCCGUCCGGAAAGGAGCCCGGUAAGCGGGGCGGACGCUCCCGGGGAGAGCCAGCCCGGUAGGGAGGUCUCCCGGGGCGGGGGGGAACGGGGCAGCCCGGUGCGGGUUACGGGCUCUCCCGGUAAGGAACGGGGCAGCCCGGUGCGGGGUCUGCCGGUAAGGAACGGGGCAGCCCGGUGCUGGUCACCCGGUACAGGGUACAAGCUCUCCCGGGGGGGGGGGAAAUUAGGGCAGCCCGGUGCAAGGUAAGGGCUGUCCCGGUAAGGACCAGGGCAGCCCGGUGCAGGGCACGGGUUCUCCCGGUGCUGAGUACGAGCCCCCAGCAUGGAUCAGCCUGCCCCAGCCGUGGAGGUGCCCAGGACCCCCGUGGUCACCGGGAGCUGCUGGCAGGACCCGCUGGCGGUGGCGGGCACGACGGGCCGGCCGGUGUGCAGGUCCCGGGAACGGGCGAGCGGGCGGCGGGCGCUGAGCGUCGUCUGCGUGCUGGGCCGGGAGCCGGCCACCUGCCCCGCGCUGCACAGCCUGCGCGACGCCUGCCGUCACCUACGGGCACGCCUGCACACCUUGCCCUUCGGCACCCUGGCACUGGGCGACACCGGCACCCUCGACCGCUUCUACAACGCAGACGUGGCCGUGGUGGAGCUGAGCGACUCCGUCUGCCAACCCUCCCUCUUCUACCACCUGGGCGUCCGUGAGAGCUUCAACAUGUCCCACAACAUCCUGCUGUGCUGCCAGGCUGACCUGCCCCCCCUCCAGGCCCUGCAGGAGGACAUCUGCCAGAAGAACUCGGACCUCUGUGGCAGCUACACCUUCAUCCCCUAUGCGGUCACCCCCCAGAACAAGGUCAUCUGCUGCGACGCCGGGGCCAUGAAGUGCCUGACGGAGCUUUUCCAGCCCAGCUCUGAGACGGAGGCUGCCUUCACCCCGCUGGCAGCCCGGCUCGUCCAACUGCUGGAGGGGAUCCCCACCGACUCCUGCGGGUAUUUUCGGGAGAUGAUCCGGCGGGAUAUCCGGAGGGCACGGGAGAUGUACCGGGGGGAACAGCUGAGCCGGGAGCUGGCCCGCAUCCAGCAGCGCCUGGACAGCAUGGAGCUGCUCAGCCUGGACAUCGUGGUGAACCUCCUCCUCUCCUACCGUGACGUGCAGGAUUACGAUGCCAUCGUUUCACUGGUGGAGAACCUCCAGGCGCUGCCGACCUGCGCCGUGGCCGAGCAGCACAACGUCCGCUUCCACUACGCCUUCGCCCUCAGCCGGCGUAACCGUGCCGGGGACCGGGAGAAGGCCCUGUCGGUGCUGCUGCCCGUGGUGGAGCGUGGGGAGGGGGCUGCGCCCGACCUCCUCUGCUUGUGCGGCCGCAUCUACAAGGACAUGUUCAUCAGCUCCGGCCUCACCGACACUAAGAUGAGGGACCAAGCUUUCUACUGGUACAGCAAAGCCUUCAAGGUGGAGCCGAGUCUCCACGCGGGCAUCAACGCCGCCGUCCUCCUCGUGGCUGCCGGCCACCAGUUCGAAACCUCCGUGCAGCUGCGGCAAAUCGGGGUGAAGCUGAGCUGCCUGCAGGGUCGCAAGGGAAGCCCGGAGGAGCUGCGCUACUACUGGGAUGUGGGUUUUUGCCUCGGAGCUGGCAUCUUGGCUAACGAUCUCAGCAAAGUCAUCCAAGCCUCUGAGAAGCUCUACAAGCUCAACGCACCAGGCUGGUACCUGGUCUCGGUCAUGGAGACCUUCCUGCUCUACAAACACUUCCAGAGGAGCCCGCAGGUCCCCUCUGCCCGGCAGGAGCUGGCUGAUUUCUGGCUGGGCUUCCUCCUCCAGGCUUGCCAGCCCUUCGUUGCCGCACCGCACUGCCCGGUCCUGGUCCUGGAGCUCAGCAAGGUCCUGCGGCCGGCCCGGCUGGCACUUCACGGUGGCACGGAGGAGCCCGCCCUGACGCUCGCCCUCGUCUGCCCCACGGAGGAGAAAGCGGCAUCGAGCUGGACCUUUGCGGCCACGGCCAUCCGCGGUGUCAGCAUCUGCAAAUGCGACGAACGGGGCUGCUUCCUCUACGUGAUGCAUGCGGAGGAAGAUUUCCAGCUCUAUUUCCCCUCCCAGCAGCACUGCCGGUGGUUCUGCGACCAGAUCCAGUCCCUUCUGGCUGAGCAGGCAGCGGGUGGUGAGGAGGUACCCAGCCCCACACAGCCCAUCCUGGAGUACAGCUACGAGUACUCGGAGGCGGGUGAGCGAGUGAUCCUGGGCAGGGGGACGUACGGGGUCGUCUACGCCGGGCGCUGCCUCAGCAACCAAGUGCGCAUCGCUAUCAAGGAGAUCCCGGAGAGGGACAGCCGGUACUCGCAGUCCUUGCACGAGGAGAUCGCCUUGCACAAGCACCUGCGGCACAGGAACAUCGUGCAGUACUUGGGCUCCAUCAGCCAGGACGGCUUCAUCAAGAUCUUCAUGGAGGAGGUGCCGGGAGGGAGCCUCUCGUCCCUGCUGCGCUCCAAGUGGGGACCCCUGAAAGACAACGAACCCACCAUCGUCUUCUACACCCGCCAGAUCCUCGAUGGGCUCAGCUACCUCCAUGAUAACCACAUCGUGCACCGUGACAUCAAGGGAGACAACGUCCUCAUCAACACAUACAGCGGGGUGCUGAAGAUCUCUGACUUCGGUACCUCCAAGCGCCUGGCGGGCAUCAGCCCCAGCGCUGAGACCUUCACAGGCACCCUGCAGUACAUGGCCCCAGAAAUCAUCGACCAGGGGCCGUGGGGCUAUGGGAAGCCAGCGGAUAUCUGGUCCUUGGGCUGCACCAUCAUCGAGAUGGCCACAGGCAAGCCCCCCUUCUACGAGCUGGGCAGCCCCCAGGCUGCGAUGUUCAAGGUGGGCAUGUUCAAGAUGCACCCGGAGGUGCCCGAGUCCAUGUCAGAUAAAGCCAAGACGUUCAUCCUGCGCUGCUUCCAGGCCGACCCGGCCAAGCGGGCGACGGCUGCCGCGCUGCUGCAGGACCCCUUCCUCGCCGAUGCCAGGAGGGUCCGGACUCGGCCUGUGCCCCCGGCGGGGGGGGAUCCCCCCCGCUUUGUGCAGCAGGAUGGGGAUGUGGAGGGCAGCGAUGGGAGCAGGGGAUGUUCCUCAGCCAGGCAGGACGCCCCGGUGAGGGGCACAGCAGGCAGCCCCCUGCUCCCGUGCCACCCCAGCGAGGCAGCCUCCAGCCGCAGCUACUUGGGCACUGCCCAGGGCUCGGCCGGCUCCGACCACAGCCUGCGCUCGUCCUCCCCCGAGGAGAGCGGGGACGGGUUCCUCCUGCGGAAAGACAGCAAGCGCCGGGCCACGCUGCACCGCAUCCUCGCCGCCGAGGCACCGGGCAUCAUCGCCGCCUUGGAGGAGAGCCAGAGCACGGCGGGUGCGAGGUUGGGCUCGGAGCAUCUCGCCCAGCUGCUGAGCUGCCUGCGGAGCUACAUCCAGUGCCCCAGCCAGCACCAGCUGUGCCAGGAUCUCCUGGCACUGCAGACCCGGCUGCGGGCAGAGGGGCUGAGCCUCCCCCACCUCCAGGCUCCCCUCUUCAGCUUCCAGGCAGUGGUGAGACGGGUGCUGCGCCGGCAUCACAUCAAACCCCACUGGAUGUUUGCACUGGAUGACGCCGUGAGCCAGGCAGUGCAGGCGGCUUUCACCGUGCUGGUGAGAGACCUGGGACUGAAGGCCGGCAGCCCGGGGAGGGAUGGCACCAAGGACACGAGUGACAAGGAUGACCCCGUGCCGCCGAGGCUGCCCAUUCCCAGGAGCCCACCCCAGCGGGACAGCACCAGUUCGGGACUCGGCACCGGCCCCAGCACCCAGGCGGACCCCCUGCCCUCCCUGCAGGCAUCCUCGGCGCUGGUGACACAGCUCUGCCAUCUCCGCAUGGAGACGGGCAGGCUGCUCCAGGAGCUGGCCGAGAAGGAGCAGGAGUGGCAGCAGCUGAUGCAGCGGGCACUUCGCUCCGGGGACGAUGACACCGCGGUCCCCAGCCGGCCCCAGCGCAGUGGGGAGCGUGGAGAGGUGCCCCCGAGGUGCUUCACCCCGGGGCAGGAUGGCUCACCCCCAAGCCCCCGGUCCCCCCAGGGACGGGCUGACCCCCUCCUCCUCGAGUGGCUGCAGCGGCACGGCUCGGACCUGGCCACCACGGCCACGCUCCUCUCCCAUGACUUCACCCUGCGGGACCUGCUGGGCUGUGCCACCCGUGACGACCUCUUCUACGUGGGCAUCAGGCGCGGGCCGGCGUACCGCCUCUGGGCAGCCAUCCUGGAGCAUCGCCGGACCCUCGCCCAGGAGGAAGGGGAGUAAUUCCCAGCCCCAGCGUGGGGAUGUGGAUCCGGGAGCCCCAGCUCCUGGAGCCCCAGGGCUGCCACCACGGCGGCUGGCAGGACGGUGACGGAGGGGACAGCCCCACGCUGGGAGCCGGUGGAUGCAGGGGCUCCAACUCCACACCGGAGGGAGAAGUUGGGGUACGGUGCCCACAGCAAUAAACAGCCGCCAAAUGUG